GAAGAGACAUAUCUUGUAGACACGCGUCUGAUAUAGGGAAAUCUCCUUCUCUCUCUCAUCUCUAUCUCUCUUUCAGCCGGUUUCGAUUCCAAAAUCUCGUCCUUGAUCUCUCUUCGAUGAUUAUCGGUCAACGUCUCUCUCGGUGGUUGUCGUACGACCUCGGCGUUCAAGGAGAAGGGAGUCCUCAGCGUCAGCGAGUUCGUGCUCGCCGGCGAUGAUCUCGCCUCCAAGUGCCCUACCUGUUCAUGAGGAAUAUGAAGCUGCUGGAGGAGAAGUGUUGGUUGAUGAUGAAGAUGAUGAUGGUUGGCUGGCUACACACGGGAAACCGAAAGAUAAAGGCAACGAAGAUGAGAACUUGCCGUCCAUGGUGCCUUGGAUAUAAACAAGAAAAGCGGUAUACGAUCAAUGCCAACGUAUUUUGGAGCUGGGGAAGAGGAUGAUGAUAUUCCAGAUAUGGAAGAGUUUGAUGAGGCUGACAAUGUGGUGGAAAAUGAUACGGCAACUCUUCAGUCAACUUAUCUUGUGGCUCAUGAACCUGAUGAUGAUGAUAACAUUCUCCGAACUCGUACAAAUGAUAACACUCAACCGUGCAAACCGCAACGUGGACAUUAUGAGGGAGUACUGCAGGGAACAGAACAUCAAAUAUUUCUAUGAUAUCACAGACCGCAGAGAUUUCAAAGCUAAUCCGGACUACAAAGGUGUUUGCCAUGUUGCGCUUGCACAAAAAGGUCAUUGCGGGCCAUGGGAGAUGGAAGUUCAAAGGCAACUUGACUAUGAGGAAAGCCAUCACGACCACGUGGUUCAGAUUUCAUCAGUCGAGGCAAGCUUGGUGAAGGCAGCCAAGAAGACAUGUGGAGAAACACCUUGCUUGUUCUUUGAUGCCAAUUCAUUAUCAAGGGAGGCUGGGGACCGUAAAGCAGCGAUGAAAAAACUGUUGGUGGCGGUUGCGCUAUGUAGUCUCUUUAUCGUCGUUGAAGUGAUCGGAGGCAUUAAGGCCAACAGCCUAGCUAUUCUCACUGAUGCUGCUCAUCUUUUCUUGGAUGUAACAGCUUUUGGAAUUUCCUUGUUCUCACUUUGGGCUUCAGGAUGGGAGGCAACCCCACGCAAGUCUUAUGGAUUCUUCAGAAUCGAGGUCCUUGGUGCCCUUGUAUCGGUCCAGAUGAUUUGGCUUCUUGCUGGAUUCUUAGUAUACGAAGCUAUCGCAAGACUUCACAACGGCGGUGGCGAAGUUCAGGGCUCUCUCAUGUUUGGUAUCUCUGCAUUUGGUCUCAUGGUGAACCUUGCAAUGGCUUUUCUGUUAGGGCACAGCCACGAUGGUCACAGCCACGGUGGUCACAGUCACGGUCAUGGCCACGACCAUGAAAAUCAACACGAUCACCACCACCACCCACAACUAUCUGAAGCCUUGCUCGAGGAAAAUGGCACUAGGAGUGAGAAGAAGCGGAAUCUAAACUUGGAAGGAGCUUAUCUUCAUGUUUUGGGAGAUUUAAUCCAGAGCGUGGGGGUGAUGCUAGGAGGGGCAGUGAUUUGGUACAAACCUGAGUGGAAGAUCAUUGAUCUCAUAUGCACCCUUCUCUUUUCAGUGAUUGUGUUGGGGACAACGUUAGGCAUGUCUAGGAACAUUCUAGAUGUUUUAAUGGAGUCAACCCCACAAGAGAUAGACGCGGACAAGCUUGAAAAGGGAGUAUGCGAGAUGGAAGAAGUAGUGGACGUCCAUGAGAUGCACAUUUGGUCCAUCACUCCUGAUAAAAUUACACUGGUGUGUCAUGUGAAGGUCAGACCAGAGGCGGAUGGAGAUAUGGUUCUGGACAAGGUGAUUGACUACAUCAAGACCGAAUACAACAUCAGUCACGUCACCAUUCAGAUUGAACGCCAGUAAUGCUUUUGAGGGGGUGUGUUUGUGCUGUAUGAAUUUAGACCUUGGUAAGAUAGGGGUCAGUUAUUAUUCUGUCUGCAUUUUACUUAAUAAAUAUUAGGCUCCUGUUUUUCUAUCAACAACCGUUCUCUCUAAUAAAUAAAUAAAAUUAUAGU